AUGGAUAUUCCAGAGGACAAGCGAGAUGGUACCCCUGAGGGCCUUAAGAAUGCACUCUAUCCCCAUCAGGCCCUCGCCCUGUCGUGGAUGAAACAGAUGGAAGAGGGUACCAACAAGGGUGGUAUAUUGGCCGACGAUAUGGGUCUUGGCAAGACUAUAUCGACCUUGGCUCUGAUCUUGUCGAGGCCAGCUAAGUCGCGCCCCAAGACAAACCUGAUUGUUGGCCCGGUAGCCUUGAUUCGACAAUGGGAAGAGGAGAUUCAUAAGAAGACGAAACCCUCUCACCGAUUGUCUGUCUUCGUAUACCACAACACAAAAGCCACGAUUGAUGACAUGCUCAAAUAUGACGUCGUGCUCACCACUUAUGGCACCCUCGCCCAAGAGAUGAAACGCCUGGACAGCUACCUCGAGAGCAAUGCGGAUCGCAACAUUGACUUUACCGAUAGAGCCAUCGCAACAAAGUUUCCGCUGCUGAACCCGAGAAAGUCCAAGUUCUACCGCGUCAUUCUCGACGAGGCCCAGUGCAUCAAGAACCGCAACACCAAGACUGCUAAGGCAUGUCAUAAGCUAAGCGCCGUGCACAGGUGGUGCCUCUCCGGAACCCCCAUGAUGAAUGGUGUUCUCGAGAUCUUCUCCUUGGUUCAUUUCCUUCGCAUCAAGCCGUACUGUGUCUGGGACCAGUUUCGAAGAGACUUCUCUCCACUCUUUAACAAAAAUAGUGCGACGGACGGUGUCGCCAUGCACAGGUUCCGCGCUCUUCUCAAGGCAAUCAUGCUUCGCCGCAAGAAGGACUCCGAGCUGGAUGGAAAGCCUAUUCUGGUGCUGCCUGCCAAGAGGGAACAAGUCAUCUACGCCGACCUCUCCCAAGACGAGCGUGACUACUAUGAUCAACUCGAGAAAGCCUCCAAAGUCACAUUCAACAAAUAUCUACGCGAAGGCAGUGUCGGCAAGAAUUACUCCAGCAUCCUGGUUCUUUUGCUUCGUCUUCGUCAGGCAUGCUGCCACCCUCAUCUCAAUCUCGACGUUGAAGACACCGCGCCCAGUGUUACCACGGAAGAGCUGCUUGAUCUGGUCAAGAAGCUGGAUGAGUCGAUAAUUGUCAGGAUCAGGGAGGCCGACGCUUUCGAGUGCCCUAUAUGCUAUGACGCCGUCCAAUCGCCAUCCUUCUUCAUUCCCUGUGGUCACGACACCUGCCAGCAAUGCUUGACGCGGUUGGUGGAUAGCGCAGCGGCCUCCAACCUCCAGCAAGGAAACGAGGGCGUCGCGACGGCUAAGUGCCCCGUGUGCCGUGGUCCGUUUGAUCCCAAGAAAUGCUUCAAUUACGAAACCUUCCAACAAGUGCACAUGCCGGAACGUAAGAUGACCGAAAUCAAGCCCUCCAUGCUCAGGGCCCUUCGACACGAUGCGUCAAAGAGUCGUGCCGCCUAUAAAAAGUACAUGGGUUACCUGCGCAAGACGUGGCUGCCUGCUGCCAAGGUGUCGGAGUGCAUGAAGCUGCUGCAGGAGAUACACGAAACCGGAGAAAAGACGAUUGUGUUUUCUCAAUGGACCCUCUUGUUGGAUCUGCUCGAAGUGGCCAUGUGGCAUGACCAGUAUCCGGGCAAGAUGAGGCGGUACGACGGAAGCAUGUCUGCUGAACAUCGAUUCCAAGCGGCCGUGGACUUUCGCGAUAAGAAGGACGUCAAGGUCAUGCUUGUCUCUCUGCGAGCGGGCAAUGCGGGACUCAACCUCACUUCGGCAUCGCGCGUCAUCAUCAUGGAUCCGUUCUGGAACCCCUACAUUGAGAUGCAGGCCGUUGAUCGUGCGUACCGCAUUGGCCAGAUGAAGGAGGUCACCGUGUACCGGAUCCUGACUAAGGAGACGGUGGAGGACCGGAUUGUCGAGCUUCAGGAUCGGAAGAAGGCCAUGGUGGAGGCGGCGCUGGACGAGGCCGAGAGCAUGAAGAUUGGAAGACUGGGCGUCAAUGACCUCAAGUUCCUCUUUACUGGACACUGA